AUGAAUGUUCAAGGCGAUCGAAUUCCCAAGGUAAUCCCUAUUGAUGUCACGGAUGAUGAGUUUGGUGAUGAUGAAGAGGAAGAUCAAUAUGUCAAAUAUUCAGCGGCAGACAGGAGGAACAGUAACAUCCUGCAGAGAAUAGUAAGAGCUGUGAAUCAGCUCUCCUUUAGCUCUCGUUCCGGAAGCCCCUCAGUAUCGUCCAUGGCAUCCAACUCGGAUGAUAAUGCACUGUUUGAAAGCGAGCAAGAGCAAGAAGAAGAGGAGGAGGCAGAGAUGGAGGUGGAUCGGCAAGUUGAACAGCCGGCCAAGGCAGAGGAAGAACAAGCUGCAGUAGUCAUCGCACCCUUGCCAUCACCACACGAUACUCUAGACGACACCCACCAAAGAACAGACUCGAUGAAAUUGGAUGCCACAGAGGAGCUAGUAGCACUGCCAUCAGAGCAUGUCAAUGACUAUAUUGAAAAGCUGUUGGAGACAUGUGUAUCGCUCAUUAAGACGACCAAGAAGAGCCAGGCCAACAAGGACGCUGAUAGCUGGGCUAUCAAGCACGGCUGCGCAUUCUACAUGGGCAAUCAAUUCCACUGUUAUUACAAACAAGGACAGGGCUGCAAAGCGUCUUUCGACACCAACGAUCAAUUAGCAGAGCAUUUGAGCUCUAUUCAUAAUGUAUCCCGAAACACGAUUUCAAGGUCUGUUCAGCAGAUGGCCCAAGACAAGAAAUUAGCACAUUGGAUUAUUGCUGCCAAACUGCCCAUGAGUAUCAUCGUUGAUGGCCAGUUUAAUCUUUUCCUGGGCACCUUGCGUAGUAACAAUCAGGAAAACAGAGGUGGCUACUCAGUAUCGUAUACUAGACUGGAGAAAGUAAUCAAGGCUGAGUAUGAGGUCAUUUCCUCCGAGCUAUCUGAACGCUUAAGGACCAUGGAGCACAUAUCCGUGGUAGUCAGCCAAUGGGAAAGACCUGGACAUUCAGGUAUCUUGCUUUUCUCUGUGUUUUUCAUGGAUCAAGAAUGGAACAAGAAGAGCUACCUUAUUGCAGCUGAACCUUUGCAGCAUGACAGUCGUAGCACUAUUUUACAAAAGAUGGGCAUUGUCUUUUUGGAUCUGGAUAUAAUCGACAGGGUUUAUUCCAUUACUUGCCAAGGUAUCCGACACCUCAAUCCAUCCACCUUGCUCACAUUUAUGCAAAAGAUCAAUGGAGCAAGAAGAAUGAAGUUGACCAAGGACAGAAUAUACACAACCAUGCUGGAUCAAGUGGUGAUGGAGAUGCGCAUCGAGCUCUUGUCGUCGCUCAGAUUUGACUGUGAGCCCUUAAAAACAGUCAUUGAUGAAAUGGAAAAGUGCAACUGCAAUAUAUUUUUUAAAGAAAUGCAGCCUUAUUCUAUCAAGCUCAUGCGAGCUCAUCUUGACAAGAAGAAGAGCCACCACAUGGAUUGCCGCAUGAGAUUAUGCGGUAUUUGCGAUACAGAUGACGAAUGCAUGGCCCAAAUCAUCAAAAUGGAUCAUGAGCUUGCUUUUAUAUACGAUUGGCUCUAUGAGGCUGCGGAAAAGAACAUAACUAUUGCCAACAAAGCCUAUGUUAUUUGCUGCGAAUUGGGUAAAUCCAUCAAGACAUUAGCUGAACUGAGAAACUCUCGACGGGUUGUAGCCAAGACAUCCACAUCCAAAAACUAUGAAAUUGCUGAAGCUGUCAAGAAGGCCGAUUAUAUGAAGAAGUCACUGGAAUCCAUGCACAAACUGUUGAGUGCGUACCGUACACAGAUUGAAAAUGGGCGUGGCCAUGUAGAGGCAUUUGUGUACGAUUCCUACGCUUACGAUGAUACAUACUUCAAAUUGCAGCACAAGACACCCGCCCUCUUGAAGCAACUCAGGGAUAUCAAUCUGCUGCUCGAGGACAUUGCUGAACAAGAUUCAAAGCGCUAUAGAGUCAAUGAUAUUACAGAAUUAUUGAAAAUCAACACGGAAGAAAGACAACAAUUCGAAGACCCUGAUGUGGCAACAAGCAGCAGUUGCAAUAUCAUCAAUGGCAAGCGACGUCGAGCCAACAAGUCCACUAUAAUCCAGGAACCCCCGUCAGUCCAACUGUUCUCUGAUCAAAUACAAUUGCUCCAGCAAAAACAGAUAGCUUAUUUCAAAAAAUACCCAGACACAAAGAUUAGAGAUCAACCUCAUAUCAUGACUAUUUUAAGUGAACAAGCAAUUGGUGGCCAAAUUAACUUUUGGAGGCAAGAAAGUGAUGAAAGGUUGUCUGUACUUAUGGAACACACCAAAAAGUCGUUUGCCAUUCCCACUACUGCACAAGAAUGCAUCAACUCUGUCGAUCAGUUCAAGCAGAUGUAUUUGCAGUUGGCGAAUCAAGAACAAGAUGUCAAUGUUGAUUUCAUAUGUAAACGCGCACUCCUUUCUUGUUGGAGCCAGGAUUUUACCUUGUUUAAAGACUGA